UGCGGGCUGGGGGUGAAGUGGGGAGGGUGUCUUGUUGUUCAUCGCCGCAGAGGGAAGCUUUGUCCCCGAGUCUUUCGCGGGGCUCGGUGGAAAGUCACACCUACUGCUCCUGCGGGCUCAGCGCACGGCGCGCUCGAACAAUUCGAUGCGGCACGGCCCCAGCUUUAUAAAAUUUAGGAGUAUUUAUAAAUGCGGGGGGGGGGGCGUACUGAAAGGAAAUACCAGAAAUGGGAUGCGUUUUCUUUAUAAUUUUCCAUGUGCUUUGCAAGAGUUCUGUUUGUUUUCCUAAUCAGAGAACAAAGAAUUCCAUUUAUCAAGCGGAGCUCACAGAGCAAUUGUGCGUGGACCCCUCGGCGUCCCCCAGGGGACUUUUCCGCGGGGCUUCGGCUUCCCUGGAACUCCGGUUCUCUGCCGAGGGUUCUUCUGGACCUGCCCUUCUUGCCUCAGUGGUUCAUUAGGAAAAUACAGUAAUCUCCUGUUUUCUGGGACUUUCCCCAGCUUUCAGAUCGAAAGGAGGAAUUUCGCAAAGCCUCCGGAAACCAGAACCCACGCUGUACCCCGUAGCGGAUGUCCACUGCCACCAAGAAGCUGGACUCUGCAGACCUAAUUAGGGUAACAGUUUAACCAGGUCGAGUGGGAGAAGGAGGACCCUGUCUCAGAAGCAAAACUCACCUUAUAAAACAAACUUAAAGCAUGAGAAUCCUCUUGGCAUGCAUGACUACCCAGGGGCACCAAAUUUCUGUUAAACUGCUUGGACACCUGGCUCCUCCUUUGAGCAGAAAUUUCUUUUUGUUCAUGACAGUUGAGGUCCAAACAGCCUUUUUGCAAGGAGUCAGAAGGCAACCUCAGAGUCUAACCCUUCUCUUGACAGCUCAGAGACUCCCAGGCAAGUCAUAUCCCGAGAGGCAUCAUGUCCAGUUUCGAAGAUGCUGAUACGGAAGAGACAGUGACUUGUCUGCAGAUAACUGUUUACCAUCCUGGCCAGCAGCAAAGUGGAGUAUUCCAAUCAAUAAGGUUUUAUAACCGAGAUAAACUUCCUUCCAGCGAAGUGGUGAAAUUUGGCCGAAAUUCCAACAUCUGUCAUUAUACCUUUCAGGACAAACAGGUUUCCCGAGUUCAGUUUUCUCUGCAGCUGUUUAAGAAGUUUGAUAGUUCAGUUCUCUCUUUUGAAAUUAAAAACAUGAGUAAGAAGACCAGUCUGCUUGUGGACAACAAGGAGCUGUGCUAUCUAAAUAAAAUAGACCUGCCUUACAAGUGCAUGGUCAGAUUUGGUGAGUAUCAGUUCCUGAUCCAGAAGGAAGAUGGAGAGUCAUUAGAGUUUUUUGAGACUCAAUUUAUUUUGUCUCCAAGAUCACUCUUGCAAGAAAACAACUGGCCGCUCCAGAGGCCCAUACCUGAGUAUGGUUGUUACUCAUUCUGCUCCACCCAAAACACUUCUCCUACAGAAAUGGAUGAAAAUGAACUGUGAAGACGGAGGGCUGAGAGGAGAAUCAUGAAGGAUGAAGAAAUCUGUAGACAUUUUAUGGAUACUUCACAGUUUAUUAGUAUAUUACAGUCAUCUGUUGUCAAAUUUGGCAUCUCUUAUUAUCAUUUUGUAGUCUUUAAAUUGUAUUAGUCAUCAGUUUAGUCAUUUGUUACAUACCUAGAUGUAUUUUGGAAUUACUGUGUAUUAUUAAGAAUUAUUAAGCAUAUUUAAAUGUACAUCUGUGACGGUUAAUGUACAAGAAGUAUCCAUGCUGAUGAAGGGAUAGUGUUCUCAGUAGGAUUAUCUUCUUUUUAUGCUUGUUUUUAGUCCUGUUUUGUUUUGUAAGGAACAGUCUCUUGGUUUGGUCAGAUUAUUUCACAAGUAGCCGUUUUUCAAGGUCAAGGCUGUGGGUGUGUUGUUUCUGGUGGUUUAGCCUGUUGGUACCUGCAGUACGAGAGUACUAGCCUAAUGUGUUUUGGAGAACUGUCAGUGCAUCAUUGUGGUUUUAGUAUAGGAAGCCCUAUCUGAGCAAUAAUACCUUUUCUAUGAUUUCCUUUCUGUAGAAUAAUAGUGUUUAUUCCCCAAAAUAGAAUUUUCCUUAUAUAUAUUCAGUAUCUAAAACCAGUAUUUUGGACAUUUUAAUGAACCAUUGCUGUGUUUAGGAUUCUUUUUCAGUUUUCUUACCAAACAUUGACUUUUAGGUACCAUUCAUUUUUAAAUUCCAUGAAUUUGAAAUUUUAACAACAUUCAUGCAUAUAAUAAAGUCAAAGUUUAAUUCUGUAA